AUAAGCGGGGGGCGGCGGCGGGCGGCGGGCAGCGGCGGGGAGAUGGCGGGGCAGCGCGCCCCGCACCUGCACCUGGCGGAGCUGAGCGCAUCGCAAUUCCUCGACGUGUGGAGGCACUUCGACGCCGACGGGAAUGGCUACAUUGAAGGCAAGGAGCUGGAAAACUUCUUCCAGGAGCUGGAAAGUGCCAGGAAGGGCGCCGGGGUGGACUCCAAGAGGGACAGCCUGGGCGACAAGAUGAAGGAGUUCAUGCACAAGUACGACAAAAACGCAGAUGGCAAAAUCGAGAUGGCAGAGCUGGCCCAGAUCCUGCCCACAGAGGAGAACUUCCUACUGUGUUUCCGCCAGCAUGUGGGAUCCAGCUCAGAGUUCAUGGAGGCAUGGAGGAGGUACGACACGGAUCGCAGUGGCUACAUCGAAGCCAACGAGCUGAAGGGUUUCUUGUCGGACCUGCUGAAGAAGGCGAACCGGCCGUAUGAUGAGGCCAAGCUGCAGGAGUACACGCAGACCAUCCUGCGGAUGUUUGACAUGAAUGGGGACGGGAAACUGGGCCUCUCCGAGAUGUCCCGACUGCUGCCUGUGCAAGAAAAUUUCCUUCUUAAGUUUCAGGGGAUGAAGCUGUCCUCGGAGGAGUUCAACGCCAUUUUUGCUUUCUAUGACAAGGACGGCAGCGGCUUCAUUGACGAGCACGAGCUGGACGCCUUGCUGAAAGACCUCUACGAGAAGAACAAGAAAGAGAUGAGCAUCCAGCAGCUCACCAACUACCGCCGGAGCAUCAUGAACCUGUCGGACGGCGGCAAGCUGUACCGCAAGGAGCUGGAGGUGGUGCUGUGCAGCGAACCCCCCCUGUAGGCAUCCCCCCUCACCCGGCCCCAUGGCGCGGUUUUCCCAUUAAAAUCCCCGCUUUGGGUGUGAUGUUUGUUUGUUCUUUCUGAUCCCCUCCGCCCAGUUGGUUUUUGGUUGGUUCUGUUUCUGGUAUCCGGGUGUUAUUUGGAGCUGGGAGCGCUUUGUGGGUUUUCUUGCUCAUGAGUUAUUGACUUCUAUCUAUUUAUUUGGUUUUAAUCCGUUUACCAAAGAAGAGUUAAUUGCAAAUAAAGCCGCCAGGCCGCCUCGAUGGGGCAAAACCAAUAGAUUUAGAGCAAAAAGAAAAGGAAAAUAAGUUGGAAAUAAGAGAAAAAAUAUGGUGAUGCACCA